GUCUGGGUCCCAGUGUUGGCAAAAGGGCAGAAUAUCAUAUCAUAUAUGUAUAUAAUAAUAUAAACCAGAACUAUAAAUAGUCUGUAACUAUGCAUAAAUAUGCUAUAAAUGCCGCAGGAGCAGUUAUUGGCUUUGUGUCAUUUUCACACUAUAUAAGCCACUUUGGGGGGAAAAGAGGAAUAUAAACAAUUAUAAUAAUAAUAAAUCAUAGUAAUAUAAUGUUACAGGUCAUCGUCGUCGUCGUCAUCAUCAUCAUCAUCAUCAUCAUCAUCAUCAUCAUCAUCAUCUUCCAGCUGGCAUUUCUGUCUAGAUAUGUCCCAAUUUUUGAUAAGACAAAAGGGCCCCUCGCUCCCAACCAACCCAAGAAGAAGGUGGCCCUUUUGGCAACCCAAGGGUCCCCCCUUCGUCCCGGUCUCUGUUUGUCCCCAAAAAAUGAUUAACAGAAAGCAAACAUGGGAGAGGCAAGUGCAAGCGCAAAAGGUUGCAGCCAGAGCCGGCCUCCCCUUCAAUGGAGCCUUUGAACCCGGAUUUUGAAGGACAAACACAGGGAGGUUGCAAAGCCAAAUGGACAACAAACAGGAUGGAUUUGGAUGGACGUCUUGAAAUCAACUUGUUAUGGAUGGUCCUAUUUGUCCAGCUGCUUCUAAAACGCCCCGGUUCCUCUCUUCCGCCUCCCACUUUCCCCCUUUUGGGUCUCCGCUUGCUCUCAUUGCUGCAAACAAAGUGCAAAAGCGCAGGGCCAUUUGAAAAGAAGGGUGCAAAAAUAAAAAGUGGAUUUUGGAUGAUGCUGUACUUUGUUAAUAUGGCCAACACCUGGCUAUGUUUUAAAACAGGAAGAGAAAGAGAAAGAUGUAGCUAAGCCUGGCUGGGACGAAAGGCUUCUUGCAUGUUGGGUGGUGGGUUUUACAGUUGCUCCAUGGCCAAGAAGACAUGUUUUCUGGAUCUUGUGUGGUUGGGGCAGGCACUGUUUAAAACAGCCAAUCCCUUCCUUUUGCUUGACUGCAAAACCUGUCUGCUUCCUCCAUAAAGUGUUCAAAGGUUCCCUUCCAUCAAAGAUCAAGUGAGUGGGUUUCUCUUCUGGCAGCAAUGUAGGAUUCAUCCUAGCUCUCUCUGCAAUUCUGGGGGAAGCUUUGCAAACUCUUUCAGUUUUGUGUGAAGUCAAAAGCUUUCAUGGCUGGCAUCCAUAGCUUUUGGGGCUAUGAGGCCAUAUUCUGGAAGAGUUAAUUCCUGAUGUUUCACCAGCAUCUGUGGCUGCAUCUUCAGAGAAAGCUGGACUUGGAUACAGUUUUGGCGGAGGUUCUGGACCAUGGCCUUCUGCAGGAGAUCCUUGCCAUGAGACAAUGCAGACAGAUGGGUUCUACGAUAGAGAGAACCCGGUGAUGCAUUGCAGCAUCACAAUGGCCUGGUGGAUGUCACAGACCCGCCACGGAACCCACCAUGAAUCUGAUCCAGAACCCUUUUGUCCUGUGGGUCCAUGCAAGGCAUGGGAGGCUAGACCUGGGUGGAUGUUGUGAGUGUGGGCAUCACCGUUUCCCCAUUGACCUCCUUUGCCCCAGACCUUGCCUGGACCUGACUUUGCUCCGUCUCCACCAUGAAGUGCCCAAAGAAAAGGGAAAGCAUGGAGCAGUUCUGGAAACUGAAGGCCAUGUUGCUCCUCCAAGACCAAGUGAAGCAGCUCUUCUUCCAAGGCGCAGAGGAGAACAUAUGCACCAAGGAGAUGAUGAGCUUCUUGCCUCCGAAGUCCUGGGCUGGGAUGCAGGAGCUGCACCUGACCAUGAAGCAAGACCGGGAGCUCCUCUGCAACUUCGUCUUUGACCAGAAGAACGUGGAGAACCUCUUGAUCUAUGAAGUGACCCGGCGGGGAAAGUGCCUGGACGAUCUGCAUCAGAGGCUGCAGCAGCUGAUGGACUUGGAGACAGCUGACCCUCGGGCCCAAGUCCAGCUGCAGUUGAUCCGUGGGCUGGAGAACAACAUUGAGAAGAUGCGAGUGAAAAUCAUGACGGCCGAGAAGACCUAUGGCCUCUACCUGAAGAUGGUGACGGUGCUGAGAGAUGAGGUCUCUUAUUUGCCCCUCAUUUUGGAUGACUUGGAGCAAAGGGUGGCCGACUAUCCGGUCAAGCUCCAGGGCAUGAAGAUCAGCAACAUGGACGAGAUCGAAGCCAUGGAAAGAGCCAAAGAGGAGAUGCUGGACGCCAGGAACUCCCGGGCGGCUGGAAGGAAGUUCAGGGAGACCCUGCUGAGCCUCCAGAAGAAGCAGCUGGAGAAGAUCCACGUCAAGGAAGCCACCGAGAGACACCGGCGGAUGAUGGCCAGGAGAGACAUGACCAUGGACUUCCCCACGUUGGGCGGCCGCGAAGCCUCCAAAGGGGCAAAGCUGGAGGCCUCCAAGGUCCAGAUCGAGUACCAAGGUCUGGUCAUCAGUGAAGUUGAGAAGAUCAAGUCGGCCGUCAAGUGCUCCCACCUUUGGGACAUCGCAGGAAGGUUCAUGGCCCAGAAGAAGUCGGAGGAGAACCUGCAGCAGCAGAUCGAAGAGUCGGAGAAAAAGUGCCAAGGGCUGGAGGCGCAGCUGAAGGCGCUGGAGCUGGAGCAAGCCCAGCUGAAGUUCCACCUGAACCCCCAUGCCCUCAGUUCCAAAAAGCUAGAGGAGGACUUGAGGCAAAACCUGGAGGAAGAGGAAGAAAGGCUGCUGCAGGCGCAGAACCAGGCCUCCAAGAACCAGGAGCUGCUCCUCCGUUUCGAAAACGGGAUCGACAACCUCUUCAUCCGGCUUUGCGGCAUCCAUGUCCCUGGCCAGGAGGAAUUCCAGUCGGAGACGGGGGACAUGCUGGACAAGCUGCAGUUCUGCGAAACCAAGCUUCUCCACUUGAGCAAAGCAAUGGCCGAUCUGCCCUCCUUUGACUACAGAGAAGAAGAAACCAAUGAGACUUUUGUAGAGGUCAGGAACUUCCUAGAGAAAAGCAUCAGAGACGAACACCAGAACCUGAGAAUCAGUUAUGAAGAAGACGAAGAUGAUUACAGAGAGCCCUUCAACACGGACCACAGCUACGUCCCGAGCCGCGAAGACAUCAAAAAGCAGGGCCUGAAACUCAUUGAAGGGAAGACCAAGGUCCCUAAGAAGAAGCAGAGAGCCUCCUCCAAAAAGUGAUAGAAUCCCCUUUGGGCUCCACAGGGCCUUUGGCAUAUCUAUACCUAUAUCUAUAGAUAGAUAGAUAUAUAGAUAUAUAUAUUGGAAAUAAAAUAUUUAAUUGCUUUAUUCCAUUUGUUCGUUUCGUGCAUGGCUAGGUUCGCCUUGGUUGUUGUUGUUGUACAGCCUGAAUGUGUGCAACAACAUCAUCUACACAUUUCAAAUGAAACAUUACACUUUCGAAACAAAAAUAAAUAACUUUACAAACUUACUGCCUUUACAAGUAAUUUUAAAAUACGAAAAAUACAUACUUCCUGCAGUUUCUCAUUAGUUGGGAGUGGUAAAUUGAGAGGUAUAUAGAAUAGAUAUACAUAUAAUAUUAUAAUAUAAUAUAUAUUCUGAACCUGAUUAAGUCUUUUCUAAUGUUCUCCUUGACUAAGAAUAAAAUAAAAAU